AUGAUGCUCUCAAUCGCGAUGCCAACAACGAUGACUUACUAUAUGCCUCCCUAUCCAGCCAUGUUCAGUCCUUUAAGGUGAACAACUUUGAAAGAGAAAAAUAUGUUGCCUUUUUUUUAAUAUUCAAAAAAGUCUUAAAAAUGAAAAAAAAAAACUGAAAUGAAAAUUUGAUAAGGCAAAGACAUUUUUGUACUAAAAGAUUGUGUUAAAAGCCACGAUUAGAAAAGUUCUGGUCGCAUUUGGAAUGGCUCAAAGCGUUGCGGUUCUAGCUCUUAAUCAUGGAAAACUCAGGAUCCAGAAAAACCUAUAAAGUACAGGUUCAGGGUUUAGAAAGUUCCCGGUCGUAAAGUAAACGGAGUCCGUAAAUGAAGGAAAACGUUUCUCCAGAGGGAGUUCCAGUUAAAUUUGUUGAAUUCUGGAAAUCGCUCAGUAUUUUCAAUCGCACUAUUCAACCGCUUUAAUGGCACGUUUUUCAUUUCUUAAAAAAGCCAUUCCCUGUGCGACCACAACCUUUCGAGUCAAGACUAUAAACACUCCUUGAUAUUUAGGGGCCUCAGGACCUCGUUGCUACCGACGGUCAUCUCCGUCUACCUGAUCAUCACUCUCAGCGCUCUUUCCCUGGCCAUCUGCAGCUUUUCCCUCUUGAGAAACUUGGUUCUAUGGUCCAACAUCUCUUUUUCAUCAUUGAACCUGUCCAACUCCCAAAUUCUGCACCUGAUGCCGAGAGUUCUAAUAUUCGGCCUCGCCUUGGCAUUGGCCUUCGAAGCUUGUUUGAUCUACAUCGCUGUGGAUUUGGACAUGGACUAUGAAAAAUUGUUCCCUGGACAAAGGGAAUUGACCGAUUUGCUUUCUGAAACAGCGGCUUAUGUGGUCAUCGUUUCUCCGGCAAUUAUAACCGGCGCCGUUUUCUUCCUUUCAUCUUUGUUACUUUGUUUCGUGACAAUCCUUUUUGGGAUCGGAUGGUGA